UAGUGCUUGAUUAUAAAAUUUUAUGAUUUCUAUAUAUCAGACAUCAGAACAACUUGUGGUCUAGAAAUCUACUCAGCAUACAUCACCUCCGGCCGAUUACCAUAACGUGAACUACUUUAUUCCGAUUCAGAUGCUGUGAGUCAUUUAAAAAAAAAACAAUCUUUUGUAAAAUAUUCAUAAUUCAUGGCAUCUGGAACGGGACAAGGUAUACAACAGGUAGAAAUGCCAUUCUCGCCGGAAUACGCUUCUUUGGAUACGCGAAUUCGUUCUUUUGAAAACUGGAACUAUGGCCACGUUCAAGAUCCGAAACGUUUGUCAGAAGCUGGUUUCUACUAUGGAGGCGUUGAAGAUGAGUGCGACGGAGGUCUCCGGAAUUGGCUAGUCAUUGAUGAUCCCUGGCACGAACAUGCACGGUGCUUUGCGGGUUGCAAUUUUCUGCAACUAGUAUUAGGACAGACGUACAUUAGCGAGAUGCUCUUGAAUGGUGCUGCAGUCCUACCCCAUGGGGACACUGAUUUAGAUUUACUACAAGGGUCAACCACUGCUAUUGCGGGCGCAACACAUUCUCAACAGGAGCAGUGCAUCGCGUACGCAAACGUUUCGGAUGAGAUGACGCAUCGUUUAAGAGCAGAAAACAAUCGGCUUAGAGAGGAACGUGAAUGCAAAAUUUGUUUGACACGAGAAGUAGGAGUUGUUUUUUGUCCUUGUGGCCAUUUAGUAUCAUGUGUACAGUGUGCACCGGCUAUCUACAACUGUCCUGUGUGUCGUGCCUUAAUUACGGGCCGUAUUCGUACCUAUCUGUCGUAAAUAUGAAGAACGUGAUAUAUUACAAGUUAAAUAUGAUUUACAUACAAUCACACCAUACAUAGAAAAGUUACGAAAAUUUUGUUUUCAAAUCAAACCAUGAAACAUACGAUUUGAUUUUUAUACCUAAUUUCAUAUUUCCAACGUGUAGAACAGGGAAUUAAAAAACAUUUUUUAAUGCGCUUUGAGUAUGUUGACUGAACGGUUGUUUAGGUGUGUUAUUCCAAUUGAGUUACAGAAAAGUUCUUUUCAAUUUAUGUUUUUCCUAAAGAUACUAGAUAAUUAAACAAAUAACAAAUUUGAUAAUACGGUCAUAUAGCUUGUAAUGGGUAAUUUGGGAAUGUAGCAUGUUUAGCGCUUGACGAGCCGAUCGAAACUACAGAGCAACGCCGAUUAUCCGUGCUUAUCGGGACUCAGCCCCUGCCGGAUAAGCGAAUAACACGGAUGAUAGACACAACUCUUUUUAUUGAUAAAUAUUAGUGUUUAGUGUUUAAUGGGUGAACUUUUUCCUUCUUAAGCAAGAUGUUAAUUUUCUUAUUUGCACUUUGCAAAAGAAAUUUGCUCUAUUUGGUCGAGCUUGGGCCAAUUGUAUCAUUUCCUAUUGAGGUUUUUAUUUCUUGCCAUCAGCGGUUUGCAGUUAAUAUGCCAAUUCGCCUUUGGAACUGUCAUUUCCGAGCCGCACGGAUAAUGCGACAGCCGGAUAAAAGGUACACGGAUAAUCGGUGCUCGAUUGUAUAUAAAAAAAUUCCAAGCAAAAAACUAAAAUUUGUGAUUCAAAUCCCUCGAUCGAAGUUGAUAUAUGGAAGAAGUUUAGGCCUUUAAAUAAAAUGAAGAUGAAAUCAAACAGAGCUUUAAUCGCAACAUAUUGAAAAACCAUCACGCGAAGAAUGUACGGACUUUAGGAAAGCAGGAUAAUUAAAAUUAAAUUACACAGCGUGUCAUUAUACAGAUUAUAUUAUCAGAAAAAUAUUGAAAAUAAACUUUGUACAGCCAUUGUUUUUCCAUAGAAAGG